UACUACAUUAGUUAAAUUUCUCAGAAAAUUAUUUUAAAAAUUUGCAUGUAAAAUUUACUUGCAACUAUGAAAAAUGCUUUUCUGGAGUUACAGUAACUCUCAGAAGCCAAACAAAGAUCAACUGAGUCCAUAUUCAGGACACAAUUGCAGACCCUAAAACACACACAAAACUGCUAUUUUACUAAAAAUCUGUGUGACAGCUUGCGCACUGUGAAUACAUUCCCGUUCUCCCUAUCAAGAACUUUCAGUGAAACUGAUCAGAUGAAAGUCACUGUAGCCACAGCCCAGAGGAGGGCCCCUGGAAGGUCUGGGGCAAGUUAUCAGUGGUUAUCUUGGUACGAGUAAUUUAGAGUAAAUCAGCAUUACAAUUUAUUAGCAAGAAAAGCUGUAGCCUAUUUGAUGUGAUUUGGUCUGGCGACACAGAUAGGCCAUGCUUAUGUUUAAAAUCAAAAUCUGAUAUACAGUACCUUUUAAUAUCGACCUAUCCAAGCCUAUCCAACCAACAGCCAGUAGAUGGAGCUACUUAUCUUCGAAUCAUUGACUACAAAGGCUCACAAUCUAGGUAACUAGAAAACGAAAAGGACUAUUAAACAAAGUGGUAAACUUAAUUAUAUUUAAUGACAUGAUUAUUAACAAUGCCUGAUUUAUAUAUCAAUAACCAUUACUAUUUAUUUCCCCAUAGAAAAACAGGUGGCGUUGCGGGCUUUUAACGCUGGUGUACCUUCGCCCAAACUCAGCGAAGAAGCCCAUGUGGCGCGUGCAUGUGUGUAACUGUCUAACUGAGUGUAGCUGAGUAAAAGUGUGUGUAAGUGUGUGUAAGUGUGUGUAAGUGUGUGUAAGUGUGUGUAAGUGUGCAUCCUGUAUGUGUGUGUCUGCCCAGGAGACGUCCUUGAAUCACCCUGGGUUCACGAACCUGUAUUGUUUUUAGCCUAUAUUCUCUUGGAGACUUGAGACAUCAUGGGGUUCCUGCUUUCUAAGUCUAUGGAAACAAACCUUCAAAAGCAGCAGGAAUUCAUGCUCCAUAAUGCCCGGUUACAGAUGGAGCGUCAGAUCAUGAUGCAAAACCAGAUGAGAGAGCGGCAGAUGGCGAUGCAGAUUGCCUGGUCCAGAGAGUUUCUCAAAUACUUUGGCACGUUCUUUAGUGUGGCCUCAUUGGGUCUCUGUGUUGGUGCCAUAAAGAAAAGAAAGCCAGUGCUCUUGGGUCCCAUCGUUCCUCUUGGUUUUAUCUUUGCUUACCAGCUGGACAUGGCCUAUGGAACACUUGUUCAUCGAAUGAGAGAGGAGGCAGAAAGCAUCAUGGCAUCUGAGGGCGAUCGAUUGGAUUUACCUCUUGGUAUUCCAACAUUUGAGAGCAUAGAGAAAGCUCGCCGUGCUAAAAACACACUCACCUCCUUUUUGGAGAAAUAAUGUUUGUUUAUACUUCUGCUUCUUUUUGGAAAUGUCAUGUAUUGAAUACAAAUUUGCACUAAUUGUAAAAGAGAACAAUGCACUAUAUGUCACAGUGACACAGUGUUUUACUAAGCAGAUCAUACCAACAUUAAUGGAUGUCUAGUUGAGAAAAUAAUAUAUUAUCAAUAAAUCUGCUUUUUUAUGUU